UGACAGAACAUGUUUUGCAACUACCCCAUUUCAUUGCAUGCUUUAUAAAUUGGGAUUUAUCUAUCUUUAAGAAAUUAUUUCUGUUAUUCUAUUGUACAAUACUUUUAACUAAAUAUCCUACUGAAAAAUUGGUAAGGAAAUGUAGAAAUGAGCGGGGCUGGGGGGGACACACAUCAGAGCUGCCAACUCUGAAACCUCACGGCACCUCAAAUGGCUGAAUGGAGGAAUAAAGAGAUGAAGUGCUAGUGGUGACCAGGCAGGUUUCUGUUGAAAGCGCCUUUUGAGAUUGCAGACAGCAAUUUGGGAAACAUCUUUAAUCAGGAAAUAGGAGAUCUGCCUGUCUUGUGGUGUUAUUGUAGGCCACCCUAGAGAGACACCUGAUCUCAUCACCUGAGAAAGGACUUCCCUCACCAGCUGGUUGGGGUGAGGGCCGGGGGCUGCCCUGCGGCCUGAGGGGCUCCCAGCUGAGCACUCUCCCAGCGGCGGGAAAGGUGAGGGGCCGCUGAGAGGAGCAGAGCCUGGGUCGGCUCUUCUGCAGAGGGGCCGCAGGCUGCCUGGGGGGCAGGACCCACUGCCUCUGAGGUGGGAUGGGUGCUGUUGGCGUGCUGUGAGCCUACGGGCCGCUCCGGGAGGCGAGGCCUGUGUGUGUCCCCGCUGGGCCUGGCCACCCUGCGAGCCAGGUGAGCUCGCUGGCUGCCUGUCCCUUGGAGCCUGCGGAGGCCUGCAAGGGGGUGACAGUCACGUUGGUAGAGAUACAAUUAAUCAUAACUGUGUGCUCAAACUAGCUUUUAACUAUGUCUGGUAUUUACUGCAGCUGCCGUGUACCUGUGCGUUCGUUAACUUUUAAAGGGUUAUUUGGGUUACCUUCCUGAGCAAACAUCCCUUUGCAGGCCCAGCCCAUGUAUCUUCCCCUCCAGCCGAAGGGUUCUGCAGUGCCUCAUCAUUUGACAGUACCUACCGGCAAAACGCAACCUGCCAGACCCUAAUGAGCCAAGUCAUUAGGAGAAGCCUCUCAUGGAACCGUGUGAGUUGUUCAACACCAGCAGUGGGUGUGGCACUUUUUGGUUAUAGGCGAGCACUGCACCUGACAGGAAAACAGUGCCUUUUUGCAAUGACAAUGAAAGCUGGUCACGAGAGAAGAGAAUUGUGCUUCAGCCUGGCAGGUUGGAUCACCGGGCCUCCAAGCACUAAUACAGGUACCCUUCCGAUACUGGAAAGCUACUAUAAGGUCUCCCUGGAGCCUUCUCUUCUCCAGGCUGAACAACUCUCUUAGCCUGUCUUCAUAGCAGAGGUGCUCUAUAGUCACCUUCGUGACCCUCCUCUGGGCAUGCUCCAACAGGUCCAUGUCCUUCUUAUGUUGGGGGCUCCACAGCUGAACGCAGGAUUCCAGAUGAGAAGACACUCCUGCUUUGUUUUUUUGUUCUGUGCGAUAUUUUUGCCCAGAAUCCUUGGUUUUCCACAGACAAAUACCUCAAUUGAUUGUGAUUCUCUGUUACCAAACUAUGAAGCUGAACCACAGACAUCUGCACCACCCUAUCUUAUUGCUGUAUCUUUUGAUAACUUUGAGCCAGGAAAUGAAAUUCAAGUGACUCUAGAAGCACUUAAAGAUGUUGGUUUUAAAGGAUUUCAUCUACAAGCUCGAGAAGUAGAAGGAGAUGUUCCUAUUGGUACUUUUAAAAUUACAGAUCCAAACACUAAAGGCUUGGGAUGUCAUAAUGUGACGAAUUCAGCAGUAGGUCAUGCAAAUUCAGAUGUGAAGCAGAAAGUUACAACAACAUGGAUCGCUCCACGUGAUGCUAGAGAUCUUCAAUUUAUUGCAACUGUUGUUCAAGAUCUGGAGAAAUUUUGGGUUGGAAUUCAAAGCAAAACUCUCACACCUACACAUUCUGAGCCAGUUAAUGGGACAGGAAAAAGUAAAAGGAAGCUUAUGAUAGAAGUAGAGUGUAACAAGCGUGGAGGGACUUACACAACACAAGGCCGAUGCAUCAUGGUUGGACCUUCCAGUUCCUCUCAGAACAGCUAUUCAGGGAGUCAGGGAGGAGGAGUAGUCUACACAAUAAGCAAGAGUGGAUGUGGCCCUGGCGGUGCUGCUGAUGCAUAUAGUCAACACGCCUGUAGAGAUGGUGCAUCUGGCAGUGGUCUUACCUAUGGUCAGUCUGUCCCUUCAAGCAGUUCAGAUUCCAGUAAGAAGGUAGUGGUCAUUGCCAACAGCAACCCUUUUCCACCUGUGCGUCAUACCUACCCCCAGAGUUUGGGAAGUUCUGCUACUAGGAUCAUAAUACAGGGUGGACAAAGACAGCAAAGCAGCAGCAGCAGUACUUAUGUUCAGGGUUCCCAAGGCAGCCAGUCCUAUGGCCAGGGCUACCGGCCUCAAGGUGCCAGCUCCUAUGGCCAGGGUGGGCCAAGUUACUCAGGCAGCAGCAGUUCCUAUGGCCAGGGUUCCCAAGGCAGCCAGUCCUAUGGCCAGGGCUACCAGCCCCAAGGUGCCAGCUCCUAUGGCCAGGGUGGGCCAAGUUACUCAGGCAGCAGCAGUUCCUAUGGCCAGGGUUCCCAAGGCAGCCAGUCCUAUGGCCAGGGCUACCGGCCUCAAGGUGCCAGCUCCUAUGGCCAGGGUGGGCCAAGUUACUCAGGCAGCAGCAGUUCCUAUGGCCAGGGUUCCCAAGGCAGCCAGUCCUAUGGCCAGGGCUACCGGCCUCAAGGUGCCAGCUCCUAUGGCCAGAGUGGUUCUGCAUCUUCAGGUGGCAGCAGUGGUUGUGGACAAGGUUAUUCAUAUGAUAGCAAUCCCUGCCACCAGGAUGGAUCACAGGGUGGUCAGGGUGGGUCAUACUCCUCACAAAACUAUGGUGGUAGCCAACAGGGUGGAUCAUCAUACUCACAAAAUUAUGGUGGCAACCAGGGUGGAUCCUCACAAAACUAUGGUGGUGGCCAAGGUGGAUCCUCCUCAGACACCUACUAUGAUGGUCAGGAUUCACAAGAUUCCUCAGAUGAUAAUCCCAAUGCUUGUGAUGAUAAUGACACUACCUAUAGUGCCAAUGGUCGGAGUUCUGGUUGUGCAAACAAGAAAGUUGUUGCCAGAGAUACAUCACAUGUUUUGAGCAGAAGAGACUACGAUGCCCAGAACGAGUCUUCUACUUCAAAUAGCAGCCACACUAACGUCCAGGGUGGAUCAUUUAUUGCAACCGGUGGUGGAUCAAGUAGUCAGGGUGGUUGCAUUUGUCCUGAUGGAAGCAGUGGUAACAGACAGGGAGUCCCAGGUUCUUCAUACAGCACGUAUUCUGGUAACCAGGGAGGGCCUUUCUUCUAUCCUGGAGGAUCCUAUGGACAGGAGGGCCCAGGUUCUUCCCACAACUCUUACUCCGGUAACCAGGGAGGGUCUUCCUUCUAUCCUGGUGGAUCUUACGGACAGGGAGUCCCAGGUUCUUCACAUAGCACGUAUUCUGGUAACCAGGGAGGGCCUUUCUUCUAUCCUGGAGGAUCCUAUGGACAGGAGGGCCCAGGUUCUUCCCACAACUCUUACUCCGGUAACCAGGGAGGGUCUUCCUUCUAUCCUGGUGGAUCUUACGGACAGGGAGGGUCUUCUGUCUAUGACAGCAGUAGUGAAUCCUAUGGUCAGGGUGGAUCUUCCACAUAUGGUGGUGCUGGAUCUUCCACAUAUGGUGGUACUGCAGCUUAUGGUCAGGAUUCACCUUCCAUAGGAGGCGGUGAAACUGAUGACAGUGAUUCCACCUCACCGUCUGGCAGCUGGCAGAGUGAACGGGAUUUUUAUUCCCCUGGAGGCAGCCAGUCAGGUGGACAUGGAUCAUCUUUUCAAGGUGGUGGCUACUCCAGUGGACAGGACUCAUCCUCAUACGGAAGCAACCAGUAUGGUGGGCAGGGUUCAACUUCUUCAGGAGGCAGCCAGUCUGGUGGACAGGGUGGAUGUGAUUGUUCUGGGGGAAGUUCUGGUGGAUCCCCUGCCUUAGUCAGAAGUAAUUCCUCUGCAAAUGGCUCAUCAUCUUCGGGAGGCAGCCGGUACAAUAGCCAAGAUUCAUAUUCCUCUGGAGCUAGCCAGUAUGGUGGACAUGGGUCAUCUUCUUAUGGAGGCAGCCAUUAUGGUGGACAAGGCUCACCUUCCUCAGGAGGCAGCCAGUAUGGUGGACAGGGUUCACCUUCCUCAGGAGGCAGCCAGUAUGGGGGACAGGGUCCAUCUUUCUCAGGUGGCAGCCAUUAUGGAGGACAGGGUAUAGCUUCUUCAGGAAGCAGCCAGUAUAGUGGACAGGGCUAUUCUUCAGGAGGCAGCCAGUCUGGUGGACAGGGUGGAUGUGUGUGCCCUGAUGGAGGUUCAGGCUCUUUUGGAGGAAACAGCUACCAUGGUGGUGGACAAGGUUCAUCGUAUUCUGGAAACAGGCAGUAUGGUGGACAGGGGUAUUCUCCUUCAGGAAGCAGCCAGUAUGGUGGGCAGGGCUCAUAUCCUUCUGGAGGCAGACAACAUGGUAAACCAGGUGGCUCUACCUCAGGAAGCACUUAUUCUGGGAAACCGAAUUCACCUUCCUCGGGUGGCAGUCAAGUGAGCUCUGCUGGGAAACACUGUACUCCCCAACUCCUGCUGUUAUUCAGUGUUUUGAGUGCCUUUGCUCUCUCUGCUGUUACAUCAAAAUGGUCUAUAUGAACUUCUCAAGAGUUGCCUGGCAUCCUAGACCUAGAUGGGUUAUAUUCAGUAAUAUUAGAUUAAUUACUUGAUGUAAGAAAAAAAAAAAAUACCCUUAAAUCAAAUUGGCUGAUGCUACUUGGCUGUUAUGUUGUAUGUCUAGAUAGUAUGUCCUGCCUCUCCUUAGUUUACCUUUGGUUUUAGUCAUCAGUAGAUAUCAUUAGUUUUGUCAGUGUUUUAGGUAUCAUUUUAAGAAAGUAUAUUGUACCCUACCUAUAUGAUUUAUUUUUGGUUUUAUUUCCGAUGGGGAAUGCAAUGAACACCUACCUGAAAUCUGAUUGGUACAACAAACAAAUACUUAGAAAAUAUUUGGUUACUAAGCAAAGCGGAGGAAGACAAACAAAUUGUUGUAUAUGCAAACUGAGCACCGUGCCUGGUCAUCACCACAUAAAAUAAGGCUAAUGUAACAUCUGAUGAGCAGUACUCCCUGGGACAGAAGAAAAUAUGCUAAAAUAGUAUCAGAGUUAUUGGUUUUAGCCUGUUGUAAUCAAAUGCAAGUUCAAUAUGGAGGCUGCAAAGCAAAAAAAUAAUACUCCAUGAGAGUGAAAUUUUGGGGGGUUAAUUAAAGUUUAUUCAUUAGAGAAGCCAAACAGCUCAGAGCGGUUGCAAAUACCUAGAGUUCUGUAGAGAAGCGUAUGAGGCAAUGCACUCCAGAUUAGGCUGAUAGUAUAAAAGCUGCUGGAAAACAAUGCAUUUUCCCUUGGGAAGGAAUGGAAAUUUAAUUAAGUUCGUAUAACUGAUAGUAUCUUGGCUCCUUUUCUCAAGUCUUUAGUCUAACCUGUACUACCCAGUACAUCUGCAAGUUUAAUUUCAAGAAUGAUGCUGACAUCUUGCAAGCAGGUACAGUAAAUGUGUUUGCAGAAAGGCCUGUGGCCCAUUUUUGAGUUCAGGAGCAGUCCCGCAUCUUGCAGCAAAUGCUUUGGGAGCCGCCGGAGCCACCAUCUCUCUGUGCGCAGUGGCCCUUGUGCCCACUGUGCAUCAGCGUUAGCCAUGGGCUGAGCUCUGGCGUGUUAACAACCUGCACCCUCCUAAAGCGUACUCCUAAUCAAUGACUUAUUGAACAUGUGCCUAGUAUUAAAACUACAUUUAUUAGUAGUAUGCUUGUCUCCCUAUGCUUUACAGUUGCAAUUCAUGACAUAUAUUUCCAUUCACGUUCUGCUGCCAGCGGCGCUGGGGCCUGGAUUUCACCCGGUUUUGUCUCUCAUGUGGUACACCGCGCAGGACACACGCUCCUUUGCCAACCGUCAGUAAAUCAACCCAAGUACCUGAAACUGUAAUUGAAACAUAAAGGAGUUUAGCCUAAAUAUAAUCUUCAAAAUUUGCCGCGCAAUUGGUUUCUUUGGAACAGUUCUCUGUGAGAGGUCCGUAUCUUAAUUCGAACUAGCCUUGCACUUCUCU